AUGAACCGCUUCCUCCUGCCAAACUUGGAGUAUGUGAGUUGCGUACUCUGGGGCGGCCUCUACCAGAUCGCUGGCAUCAACAUCGUGCGUGCGCUCGUGUUCCGGUUCAAGGCGUUUGGCUGCAUGUUCGUACGCUUGGCACCAUCCCGCUCACUCACCCACUGGUCGACUCAACCGCGAACCCACCCGUGGACCCACGUACCCGCGUUACCCGCACGCUCCCCGUACCCGCUGCGGCGGGUCUUUACCCGGGCGGGUGCGUUUAUUAGUAGUAUAUACAGUACUCGUACACGAUGUGUAGCAUACAUUGAAAUUGAGAUCUAUUGCCAGAGCACUGAGCACGGAACCGGUGAAUUGGAGCCGCAGCAGUAA